CUUGUCAAGUGUCAUUCAUCAACACCUUUUGGUUUCCACGGAUAUUUGGAGACAACACAGGGCAAUAUAGGUUACUAAUAAUGGUUACCAAGGUUUACAUUGUUUAUUAUUCUACGUAUGGACACAUUGAGAAGCUAGCUAGAGAGAUAGAAAAAGGUGCUGCUUCCGUGGAGGGAGUAGAAGCAAAACUGUGGCAGGUACCUGAAACACUGUCUGAAGAAGUCCUUGUGAAGAAGGGAGCACCUCCAAAGAGUGAUGAUGUUCCUAUUAUUAAACCCCGUGAGCUUGCCGAUGCCGAUGGCUUUCUGUUCGGUUUUCCAACAACAUUUGGAACCAUGGCUUCUCAAUUCAAAGCAUUUUUAGAAGGCACUAUAGGGCUGUGGCAUACACAGGCACUAGCAGGAAAACCUGCAGGGUUCUUCUCUAGCACUAGUUCUCAAGGAGGUGGACAAGAAGAGACCCCGUUGACCUCUGUCACUCAGCUUGUUCACCAUGGAAUGAUUUUUGUUCCGGUUGGGUACACAUUUGGAGAUGGCAUGUAUGAGAUGGAGAAGGUCAAAGGUGGGUCCCCUUAUGGCUCAGGAACUGUUGUCGGGGAUGGCUCAAGGCAACCUAGUGACUUGGAAUUGGCUCAAGCUUUUCAUCAGGGUAAAUACUUUGCAGCCAUUGCAAAAAAGCUCAAGGGAUAGAUAAGAUACAUCUCAUUCAUCUAUCUCCCACACUAUACUCUCUCUCCAGUUACCCUAUUAUUAAUAUCAAACCAGAAUAAGGUCAUGUUAGUAGAAAAAAUAAAAGUACGUACGUGUGAGAUAAUGAUGAAUUAAUACUUCAUCUUCGAUACAAUUGUUGUCACUUAAUUGUCAUAAUAUAUGUAUCCUGUAAUGCAGUGUUUGUUGUCAAUAACAAGAAUUUGGUGAUUAAUAUAUACUGGAA